AUCGUUUAUUACACACUAGUGACACUACACAAAAAGAAGUAGUGGCAAUGGCAGCUGUUGGCGAGCAAUUAACGCUAGCGAGAGAUGUGAAGAGAGCUAUUGAGCUUCUUGAAAAACUGGAAAAGAGUGGAGAAGUGCCAGCUACAAAACUUGCUGCACUACAUAAGGUACUCCAGAGUGAUUUUCUCAAUGCUGUCAGGGAAGUCUAUGAGCAUGUUUAUGAGACAGUAGAUAUUCAAGGGUCACAGGAUAUACGGGCAUCUGCAACAGCUAAGGCAACUGUAGCAGCUUUUGCUGCUAGUGAAGGACAUGCCCAUCCUAGAGUAGUAGAAUUACCUAAAACAGAAGAAGGGCUUGGCUUUAAUGUUAUGGGUGGAAAAGAACAAAACUCUCCUAUAUACAUAUCACGCAUAAUUCCUGGAGGUGUAGCAGAUCGUCAUGGAGGCCUGAAGAGAGGAGAUCAGCUACUUUCUGUGAAUGGUGUUAGUGUGGAGGGUGAGAACCAUGAGAAAGCAGUAGAAUUGCUUAAGCAAGCACAGGGCUCUGUGAAACUGGUUGUGAGGUACACACCAAAGGUACUGGAAGAGAUGGAGAUGCGUUUUGAUAAGCAGAGAGCAGCACGUCGGCGUCAGUUCCAGUAAAUGUACACAAUGAUUUAAGUAUAAGAGAACAAAUUAAAAUGCUUUUUUGUUUGAUGUGGCAAUCAGUUUCAAGCAUUGAUAAAUUCAUACUGAGUGUUUCAACCUCUUUCUGGGAACCAGGGUAGCUUCAGUACAACAGCGAGUAUUAAUACUAAUUAAAUUAUAGAAAAAGAAAAAUUAGUCCUUGCAUGAAGAGACUGUGUUAUGUACAAAAGCCUGAUACCAAAACUUUUGCCAUGAACUUCACAUCCUAAACAUGUAUUAUUACCCUUUUUAUUUGUGAUAAUCUCACAGUGGAUGAAGAUCAAGAGGUCAUUUAUUAGAUGUGACUGAGUGUACAUUAUGUAAGUGUAUACACAUGCUUAUUAAAAAUUUAUGAUUUACUUACAUGAAGCCACAUUAAAAAUCAUUGUUCAAAUUAAGAUAAUUGUUCCAAUAUUAGCAGCAGAAUGAUUUAGUAUUUAUAAAUGUUUAGGUCAAUUAAUAGAAGACAGUUAUAAAAGCUGUAGCUUCAGGUGUAGCCAUUAUUCAGUUUAUACAUAUUCAAGUUAUUUUCGAGGCAGCCAUUCCUCAGUAUUACUGUUUUGCACAAUAAAUGCAUGGUAACUUCUUUAUGUUAUCUGUGCUUCUGUUGGCAGUGUAUAGUUAUUUAAUUUGUAAUUGAUACUUGUAAGCAGAAAGUCAUUUAAUACUGAUGCAAGACCUAAUUCUUUGCUGCCUCAUAUUUUCCAGAAGAUAGGUUAUGCCACUUACGCUGAAAAUGAACCAUAUCAUGAUUUCAGUAUAUAUAUACUAAGAUACCAUCUUAGUAUAAUGCUCACCAGCCACUUGACUAUCUUCUUCUUCUGUGCGAAUGCACAAACAGUGCCUAAACUCUUACGGGAAUCGGCAGCACGUUGAGAGUAAUGAGUAUAAUGGCCAGGGGCACUACGAAUGUAGUGCAGGACAAUGCAUUGAGAAUGUGGGUUUGAUGGGAGGCGUGCCAGAGAUAAAUCCCUGCAGUCGCGUACUAUCCUCUGUGUCCUCGGUGGCUCAGAUGGAUAGAGCGUCUUCCAUGUAAGCAGGAGAUCCCGGGUUCGAGUCCCAGUCGGGGCACAGAUUUUAUCUGCCCCUGUUGACAUAUGUAAGCAGCUAAGGGUGGUCAUUGCAUUGUAAUUUCAUGAUUUCAGUAUUUUUUAAAUGUGUUCAGUUAUACAUUUUUAGUAGGAGCAUAUGACGAUGAUGAUGAUGAUGAUGAUGAUGAUGAUGAUGAUGAUGAUGAUCCAUGGAAUGGCUACAGAUUCCUGGAUAUGUUUAAUUUCCAUUCAGCUAUCUGAUUCUUAUUUUAUUUUUAGCAGUCAACCCAUUUCAUUUCAGACUGUUAAGAUCUUUGUACAAUUCAAUAUUUUGCAUUUUUAAAUAUUCAUUCAUAAUGAUAUUUGUUCCAUAUUUGAGACAGAAAUUCUCGCAAUGUUGCCAAAUCAGUUUCUAUGGUUGUUGAACAGCUGGAAGAUAAAGUAGCUGUACACAGAUCAUGUUGCACACAUCUGUGCAUAAUAGAGUAUUACUGUUUUUACAAGAUAUUAAUACUGUUUUUUACAUAUGUUUUGUUACCUUUAACUGUUAAAAUAUCUAUAAAAAUUUUCUUUGUAAACUUUAUUUGUGUGUUGUGCUUUCAUCUAAAAAAAUAGUCUUUGUCCAAAAAAAACCUUUGUCUACAGUAUUUAAUUUGUCUAAAGGAAGCUUGCCCUUUAUUUGCUGCUGAGGCUGUACUUGCCAUGUAUAUUUCUCAUGUAAGUAUAGUUGUGUUCUAGUCCUUAAACCAUAUAAGUAAAUGUUUUCUCUUUAUAGAAAAGCUGGUGUAUGUUAAUAAAAAGUGGAAAUUUAUUAAUGUGAAUACUAUACUUAAGGUUACAGUUGUCUUCUACAGGCUUUGUUUAGUACAAAGAACUUGUAGCCAUAGAGAAACCUACAAGAGAAUCUCGAUCAACCUCCUUGUAAUCAGCACUUCCUUUGAUUCUCUAUGAUGGAAGUACUGGAUUGUUGUAAUGUAGAAAUCUUCAAUGUUAAAAUGUUAUGAAUCUCUCUCUCUCUCUCUCUCUCUCUCUCUCUCUCUCUCUCUCUCUCUCUCUCUCUCUCUCCCUCUCUCUCCCUCCUUCCCUCCCUCCCUCCCUCCCCCCCCCUCCCUCCCUCCCUCCCUCCCUCCCCCCUUUCUCGCCCGUCCUCCAUCUCCCCCGUCCUCCAUCUCCCCUUCUCCUCCCCGCCUCCCUCUCUCCCAUGUCUCCCCCUCUCUCCUCCCUCCCCCCUCUUCCCCCUCUCCCACCUCUCUCCCGCGCGCGCUCACACACACACACACACACACACACACACACACACACAGAGAGAGAGAGAGAGAGAGAGAGAGAGAGAGAGAGAGAGAGAGAGAGAGAGAGAGAGAGCGCGCGUUAGCCUUUACACCACAUAUUUUACAAUCAGAACUAAUUUCAAUAAUGUUGUGUAUUUCUUAUAAAAUAGAUGUGACAUGAGGAAUAUAAUUUCCGGAGAAAAUGUGUUCUGUAAGACAAAUGCAGUUUCAACGUGUUUUUCUAUGGUAAAUACAGUUUUGUAUCUGUUCAACUGGCAUUUAAGGUUGAAUGUGAAUGCUCACUGUAUAUAACUGAGAAAUGUCUUUAAUAAAAAAAGUAAAUAAAAA